CAGGACAUCAGGCACGAAGCCAGUGAUUUUCCAUGUAAAGUGGCCAAACAUCCCAGAAACAAAAACAGAAAUAGGUACAGAGAUGUCAGCCCCUUUGAUCACAGUCGAAUUAAGCUAAACCAAGGUGACAAUGACUAUAUCAAUGCUAGUUUGAUAAAAAUGGAAGAGGCCCAAAGGAGCUACAUCCUCACCCAGGGACCUUUGCCAAAUACUUGUGGCCACUUCUGGGAGAUGGUUUGGGAGCAGAAGAGCCGUGGUGUGGUCAUGCUGAACAGAGUGAUGGAAAAGGGCUCCAUAAAGUGUGCACAGUACUGGCCACGGAAGGAGGAGAAAGAAAUGUUUUUUGAAGACACAAACUUGAAGCUAACAUUGAUAUCUGAAGAUAUAAAAUCCUAUUACACAGUGCGACAGCUGGAACUGGAGAACCUGAGCACACAGGAAACUCGGGAGAUUCUGCACUUUCACUACACCACGUGGCCUGACUUCGGCCACUGCAGCGCCGGCAUCGGCCGCUCCGGCACCUUCUGCCUCGUGGACACGUGUCUCCUGCUGAUGGACAAACGGAAAGAUCCUUCGUCUGUGGACGUUAAACAGGUUCUCCUGGAGAUGAGGAAGUACAGGAUGGGACUCAUCCAGACUGCAGACCAGCUCCGGUUCUCCUACCUGGCUGUUAUCGAAGGGGCAAAGUUCAUCAUGGGAGAUGCUUCAGUGCAGGAGCAGUGGAAAGAGCUGUCCAAGGAGGACCUGGAGCCUCCCCCCGAGCACACGCCGCCGCCACCACGGCCACCCAAGAGAACCUCAGAGCUGCACAACGGGAGGAUGCACGAGCACACGGAGCUCCUGCCCAGGCACCAGGGAGCAGAGGAGCAGAUCGGGUGCUCAGUCAGCUCUGGGGAGGAGACUCUUCUGGACGGCUCAGCAACGGCACCUGCGCCGCUGGGCACAGACAGCACUAGUCAAGACACUGAACUGCGGAGGAGAACUGUUGGGGAGAACCUGCAGCUCUCAGCCCACCAAGAGUCGCUGAAGGCAGAAAACUCGGAAGAGGAUGAUGAGAACAUGGUGACAACUUGGAAGCCAUUUCUAGUGAAUAUCUGCAUGUUCGCUUUCCUCACAGCAGGAGCUUAUCUCUGCUACAGGGUGUGUUUCCACUGA